AUCGUGGUGUGAUGGUGCCACUACCCACUUUUUUCUUGAAUUUUAUUGCUGUCAGUUUUAGUUUGUAAAUUUGCGCAGAAACAACGAACGUGUUCGUUGUGAAGGAAGGCAAAAAUAAAUAUAAAUAAAUAAAUUAAAUAAGUGAUAAAACAAAUAAAAAAUAAAACCAAAACAAAUCUCGUAAACAAAUGUAAAGUGUAACGAAUUAAAUAAAUUAUUUUCAAUAAUAUGAACAAUAAAUUUAAAUCAGCAGCAAGUGUUUAAAUAAGUAAAUUGUUUAUAAUGAUGCAGAAAAUAGUGUUUUAGUAAUUUUGGCAAAUGUUAAUGUUAAUUAAUUUAAAAUAUUAACAAAUUAUUUACAACACAUACCAAGAUUUGAAGACCUAGACAAUCUAUUGGCAACAACAAAGAAAGAUUACAUUUUUUUACAAAAACCACCAACGAUAAGCAAUUAAUUUGAAAGAAAAACAACGUCACUAAUCUGUAGUGAAAAAAACAAAAUCUUAUCAGUUUAAAGUAAAAACAACAAAACUGAACAUUUUUUUCUCAAUGAAGGCAAAAUAAUUGCAAAAAAAAACAAUAACAAUUACAUUUUGUUUAAAUAAUUGUAUAUAAUGGGUUUUUUUGCUUAACAAUUAUUGCAUUAAUUAUUAAAACAAAAAAAAAAGAUUAAGAAAAAAAUACUCAACGGGGUUUGAAAUACGAAAAAAAAUUUAUGAACCAAAACAAAAAGUAAAAUAAUCAAACGAUUGCCAUUUGCAAAAAAAAAAUAGUAAAAAAAUUAUUAUUAUCUGCGAUUUUAAACAAAAAUUAAGUGUUUAAUUUUAAACGCAAACGCACACACAUACACAGACACCUCGGAAAAGUUAAAAAGGCAAGCAGCAUUAAACAACUUUAGCACAGUCCAGUCUAAGUGGGUCAACAGCUUGGACGCGCUUCAUCGAAUAUUUAAACAGAAGAGUUUUAAACAAAAUUGCGCAAGAAAAAAUUUGUUAAAAGAAGUUGUUUUUAAAACAAGUAUUAAAGUGUUAAAAAACUAGUAUUAGAGGAUAUUUUUGUGUGUGUUUAAGAUAACAAAAGUUGCCUAAUAGAGUUUUUUUUACACAAUUUCGAAACUUUUGCAAAAAAAAAAAAAACUAUAAAAAAGUUAUAAAACAGUUAUAAAACAGUUUUUAUACAAGAAAAGAAUUACAAAUAAAGUUUUUAUAACAAAAAUUAUAAAAAAAAUCUUUAACAAAAUGUUAUUAAAAAUGGGCAAUUUUAUGUUCCUUUUAAUCCUGCUGCUAAAUUAUGCACGAAAAAUACAAAAAGCGGAAGCAUUUAAAGUAACGGCUAAACUGAUCUCAAAUUAUAAUUACCCUGUCGAGGAGCAUACAGUACACACCCCUGAUGAUUAUAUCCUAACCAUUUAUCGUAUACCCGAUUCACCGAAAUUAAAACAUCACAAUAAUACGGUCAAACCGGUGGUAUUUCUACAACAUGGUAUUUUAUGUGCCUCAGAUGAUUGGAUUAUUAAUGGUCCCGAAACUUCUCUAGCCUACAUGUUUGCCGAUCAAGGCUAUGAUGUUUGGCUAGGUAAUGCCCGCGGCAAUACCUACUCGCGCCAACACAAGCACAAACAUCCCGAUUCUUCGGAUUUCUGGAAUUUUAGUUGGCAUGAAAUUGGUGUUUACGAUUUAGCCGCCAUGUUGGAUUAUGUUCUGGAGGAAACGCAACAACCCUCAUUGCAUUUUGUGGCUCAUUCUCAGGGUACCACCACCUUCUUUGUGCUAAUGUCUUCCCUACCUUGGUAUAAUGAAAAAGUCCGAACUGUACAUUUGCUAGCUCCUAUAGCUUUCAUGAGAAAUCAUUCGUUUUUGCUAUCGAAAGUGGGGCGUUUAUUUUUGGGUUAUCCCUCGUUUAUGAGCAUGAUUUUGAGUGGUUUUGAGCUGUUGCCUACGACAAGUAUACAGAAAUUAUUCUGCGAAUACGUUUGUUCGCAUGAUUCGCUGAAGUUUUUAUGUUCGGGAAUUUUGGACUUUAUUGGCGGUUGGGGUACAAAGCAAUUAAAUCAUACGCUUUUGCCUCAUGUUUGUGAAACCCAUCCCGCCGGUGCCUCCACCACACAAAUCAUACACUAUCUACAGCUCUACACUUCCGGAGAUUUCAAACAAUUCGAUCAUGGCAUCGAUAUAAAUCUCAAGAAAUACAAUCAAGAGACCCCACCCCACUAUGAAGUGGGCAAUAUCAAAAGUUGUGUUAAUAUGUAUUACAGCAACAAUGAUUACAUGUCAGCAGUGGCAGAUGUUGAAUACUUGGCCACACUAUUACCCUGUGUGGAAUUGUAUCGUAUGCCCUAUGAUGAUUGGAAUCAUUAUGAUUUCCUAUGGUCCGUAAAUGUUAAAGAAGUCAUAAAUGAUCGGAUAAUAGAGAAAAUAGAAGCAUACGAACAGUCUCAUAGUCAUGGGCAAAUUUUAUAGUUUUUCUUGGACUUACCGAGAAAAAAUUUAAAAUUUAGCUGAAGUUGUAGCGAAAAGAAAAGUGUAAAUAUGUAUUUUUCUUGUUGUAGAUAGUAAUGGUAUUUAAGACUUUUUUUUGAU